GAAGUUUUGGGAAAAAGAAAAUUAACAGAAUUACUUCAACAAAUUUCACCCAACGAAAAAAUGGACGAUGACGUAGAGGAUAUACUCUCAGUUUUAGCAGAUGAUUUUGUGGAAUCAACAGUAGCAUUUGCAUGUACAUUAGCUAAACAUCGUAAUUCAAGUACUUUGGAGGUUAAAGAUAUUCAAUGUCAUUUAGAAAAGAAUUGGAAUAUUAGAAUACCUGGUUUUGGUAAUGUAGAACAAUACAAAACCUAUAAAAAAACUCAUUUCCCAGAACCUCAUAAACUUAGAGUCGCUGCUAUGAAGAAAUCU